CGCGCUCCUCCAGAGCCCGGCGGGGAAGAGGCCGGGCCCGGCCGGCUAAGAUGGCGGAGGGGGUGCUGAGCCCCGGGGUGAACCUGGAAGCCUUCUCUCAGGCCAUCGCCGCUAUCCAGGCUCUGCGUUCCAGUGUGACGCGUGUCUUCGACUGCUUGAAAGAUGGGAUGCGGAACAAGGAGACUCUGGAAGGCCGCGAGAAGGGCUUCAUGGCCGCCUUCCAGGAGAGCCUGCACUCCGUCAGCCGCGACCUGGGUGAACUGGAGCGUCUGAGCAACCUGGUUGGGAAACCAUCUGAGAAUCACCCUUUACACAACAGUGGACUGUUGAGCCUAGAUCCUGUUCAGGACAAAACACCUCUUUACAGCCAACUUCUUCAAGCCUACAAAUGGUCGAAUAAGUUGCAGUACCAUGCUGGGCUAGCAUCUGGCCUUUUGAAUCAGCAGUCUCUGAAACGUUCUGCCAACCAGAUGGGAGUAUCAGCAAAACGCAGACCAAAAGCCCAGCCAACAACUCUUGUCUUACCUCCUCAAUACGUUGAUGAUGUGAUCAAUCGGAUUGAUAGGAUGUUCCCUGAGCUGUCUAUCCAGCUAUCCCGGCCAAAUGGAACCUCUGCAAUGCUUCUGGUUACCCUAGGAAAGGUGUUGAAAGUGAUCGUGGUGAUGCGGAGCCUCUUCAUUGACCGGACAAUAGUGAAGGGCUACAAUGAGAAUGUCUACACUGAGGAUGGCAAGCUUGACAUAUGGUCUAAAUCCAACUAUCAAGUUUUUCAGAAGGUGACAGAUCAUGCAACCACGGCUCUGUUGCACUACCAGCUGCCUCAAAUGCCAGAUGUGGUAGUCAGAUCUUUCAUGACCUGGUUAAGAAGUUACAUAAAGCUGUUCCAGGCUCCCUGCCAGCGCUGCGGAAAGUUCCUGCAGGAUGGUUUGCCACCCACCUGGAGGGAUUUCCGAACACUUGAAGCUUUCCAUGACACUUGCAGGCAGUAGUAGCUCAGCCACUGGGACACGAGAGAAGGAAGCUGAUGGUUGAAUGGGUGGUUCAAUGUCUGAACCUUUCAUCCUGUACCAAGUAUUGAGGUUGCACUAAUAUCCUUUGACUAUUUAAAAGCCAUCAGUCAGCAAGGUAGGUGUGAGGCUGAUCUGUGUGAGAGCACUUGAUGCUUCUGGGGUGAAAUAAUAUGUCUGGGGAGAUCUGACAGUAAUAAUAGUUAUUCUGAACUUUAAUGACAAAUAUCUGUGUACAGAUUGUGUUUCGUGACAGAAUUUGCAGCAUUGAAGACUUUUAUAAGUUUGAAAUAAAUUUUGUA